UCCAGCCCCGCCAUCAUGGAUCAUAGACCCUUGUAUGGGUGAUGCGGCCACCGCCCUGACAGUGGGGAUGUUUGACCGAGAGGCCGGUGCGCGUCACGGCAGCUCGCUUACAGCACACGGCCGCUGGCGCUCGAGCAAGAGCAUCAAUUCAGAACUCGAUCGAAUUUCGGGAGAAGGAAAGGCGAGGGCAACUACGAUCAGGGCCAACUACAAGGCCCACUCCCUUCACCCCGUCCACCACCAGCCGAAGGACUUCAGCAGGUCUAUAGACUACUAUACAACCCAUGUCAGCGACACAUGCACGUUACUCAGCACAGGUGUCGAGCGUGGGUGGGAGUAGCAAGGGCGCGCUCUGUAUUGGUUGGUGGCGUUGGCCGUAACGGCGGUAGCAUCGACUCUGCGAGUCGCCGUGUGAAUUUCCGUUCUGUAUUCUUCCGUUUACUCGCUUGUGCGCUGCUGCUGUAAUGAGCUGUGCAGGGUUGCGGGCGCACAGUUUCAGGGUCGGACAUGUUGUGACGCGACGUCUUUCGUCUGGACUCAUUUGUAGUUUCGCGCGCGUUGUUUGUUUUCUUUGUUGGUGCUCCAUGGAGCUGGGUACUUCGCUACAGCAUCUCCACGCUGUUGCGUCCAGUCCCAAUCAGUCCCAAUCCUGGAGGUUUGUUCGAAUAUAAUCAUGUUAAGGGCCCAUCAUGUGUUUUUUUGCUCACCUUUCAUGCCUCAGGUCGAUCAUGGCAUCACCGGCAAUUGGUUUGUCCGUUUGGCUACUUUUAAAAGGUCGCUAAGCUGUUGAUAUUNUAACGGCCUAGGCCAAACAUUGAUGACUUUGUUGACCCUUCUUGGAUGGCAAGUUUAUUUUGUAGCGUGUGAGAAAUGAUCCGGAUGAUCUUCGCGUUGUGGCGUUUUCUUCGACCAGUUGCAAACUCUACCGCCACGGACUGAAAUUCAUUUCAAAGACCCCAUUGGUGUUCUCUAGCUUACAUGUACACGAAUACAUUGUAUGUUGAUCCGCAGGACCUACUCGUAACUCCUGCUUGGAAGCCCUCAUCGUUUCUUUGAACGAGACGUGCGACGGGUCGAGUUGUUACACGUCGACCAAGGAGCUGCAGCUGGCGUCCUUGGAGUUCUGCAUCGCGCCAGGAGCUAUCCGACCGUGCACUUGAAAGUCGACGACCAAAUUCCACGCAGGCUGCUGGCCAUUGCAGAUGCCCCCCCGCCGAACCCGAAGCUGUUAUAUUGGACACGUGUGCCAUGUCUAAGAGCGCGCCGCGUGACGUGGAACCUCCCGACAGCAGCGAGAUUGAGAAGUCCGAUCUUUGCCAUGACCGACGUGGAGUACCUGGAGUUCGGCAUGGGCGUUGAAGACGGCCUUGACGCUGUGGCAUGGCCACAGCGGCUGAAAACGAUCCACUUUGACGUAUGCUCGCCAUUAAACCAGCCUCUUGGACUGGUGCAAUGGCCAGCAUCUCUGCAGAAGAUCACUUUCGGAGCAGAUUUCAACCAACCGAUCCAACGUGUGGACUUUCCGGCAUCGCUGCAGCAGCUCAUACUCCCCACGUCGUAUUCGCGUUUCAACCAAUCGAUUGCUGGAGCGAUUCUACCGCCUUCGCUGCGGCUACUUUCCCUGGGGAUGGCCUUCAACCAGUCGAUCGAGGAUGUUGUGUGGCCCGCAUCGCUGCAGCAGCUGACGUUUGGGAGCACAUUCAACCAGCCCAUUGAGGGCACUGUGUGGCCAGAUUCGCUGCAGACUCUCGUUUUCGGAUGUAUGUUCAACCAGCCAGUGGACAACGUGAAGUGGCCGUCGUCAUUGCAACAGCUUUCGUUUGGAUGUUGCGAACAAGGGGACUUUAGGACGAUAGUGUUUUCGAACUUCAAUCAACGCAUCGGCAGCUGUGCCUGGCCUGCAUCGCUUCGGCGACUAACAGUAGGCCACAAGUUCAGGCAGUCGCUGCGAGGCGUGGGCACUUGGAUGCCCAACCUUGAAGUACUUCGCCUUCUCGAUUUCCAUUAUGCAGGUGAUAAUAGCCUUCUCCGCGGAAUCGAAUGGCCGAAGGAACUUCGUCAUCUGACCGUGUUGGAAGGCUCGAGCGUAGAUGGAGUGGAAAUCCCUUCUGGUGUGCAGGUCUUCGCGUAUAACGAGUGCUACAUGUAGUGUCUAUCGUAGCAACUUGGACGUUUGAUUAUUCUGAGGGGAGCAGCAUUUUCUGCAGUCACAUGGCUUACUAAGGAGUGCUUUAGUGCGAAGCGCAACGAUCGAGAGAUAUCCGGGAGAUGUAGGAAAAAUGGCCUUGGGCUGUUGCCGGCUGGAGUACUUGGGUUUUAGCACCAACUGGCGCGAUUCCAGAGCCUCCCACUCAAGUCGAUUGACUACCCCAAGCUGACACCUAGAACUGCCUUCAGUUCGAUGUACAACAGUC